ACCGUCAACACUGGAGAAAGCUGUCAAAAAAGUGUAAUGUCACCAGAUUUUUGUCGAAAAAGCGAAUGCAAGUUUUUCCGAUACGCUAAAACAAGUAGGAGCAGCAGCACCAGCAGUAACGACCGCUUAUUGUAUUGAUCUACAGCGACGCCCGUCUGCCGUGCCGCAACAAAACCAUCCGGGGAAAAUCCGGGGCUGCCCAAAGGCCAUUUUUCGCCCCGUAGCUUGCGGAUAGUACAGUAUAUUUUUUUCCCUCUUGUGAGCUUCGUAAGGAAGAGAGCGGUGAAAGAAAGGUGCGGUUCGUGAGGCUCCCCCUCCUUGCGCCAGUGCCUGCCGAUCGUGUGCUCCAGUUCCAGUGGAAAGUGUACGGUGAUCGUUGUUUUUCCCCGUGGAAAAGCACCAAACACAGCGGUUUGGUGUGAGCGAGUGCGUCUCGUCGUGGUGUGCAAUAGUGUGUGCGAUCCCGAUCAGCGCUAGUGUGUGCGUGCGUGAGUGUGUGUGUGUGUCUGUGCCCGCAACGAACCGUUGCCCCAAGUGGAACGUGGUACAGCGAGGAAAGCGAAGUAGCGAAGAAAAGCCAACAAAAAAACCACCCCGCCCCGGUCACACGAUGUCGUCAUCCGGCGAUUUUGGAAACCCUCUGCGGAAGUUUAAGCUCGUCUUUCUCGGCGAACAAAGCGUGGGCAAAACAUCGCUAAUCACCAGGUUUAUGUACGACAGCUUCGACAACACAUACCAGGCCACGAUCGGUAUAGACUUCCUCUCGAAAACGAUGUAUCUAGAGGAUCGAACAGUGAGAUUACAGCUGUGGGACACGGCCGGUCAGGAACGGUUCCGGUCGCUGAUACCAUCAUACAUUCGUGAUUCAACCGUAGCAGUAGUGGUGUACGACAUUACAAAUGCGAAUUCAUUUCAUCAAACUUCGAAAUGGAUCGAUGACGUGCGAACGGAGCGUGGCAGCGACGUGAUUAUUAUGCUAGUGGGAAACAAAACCGAUCUGUCCGACAAGCGCCAGGUGUCGACGGAGGAGGGCGAGCGAAAAGCGAAAGAACUGAAUGUAAUGUUUAUCGAGACUAGUGCGAAAGCCGGCUAUAACGUUAAGCAGCUUUUCCGAAGAGUGGCCGCCGCCCUGCCAGGCAUGGACUCGACCGAGAACAAACCACCAGAAGACAUGCACGAGGUUGUGCUGAAAGAUUCGCCGAACGAAACAAAAGACCCGGAAGGUGGCUGUGCUUGCUGAAACGAUCAUCUCGGCCUCCAUCUGCUGCUGCUACGGCUGCAAACAUCCCAGCCGCUGCAGCAACGAUUGCAGCAUUAUGCUAACCCGCUACUAUUAUUGACUACAACAGCUACUACUACUACUACUACCACCACCACCACCAUUACGGCUAAUACAGAACGACUGCAAGGACGGCGUUUACGAUUAUGAUAAUGAUAAUUUCGGCUUAUUUUCGAUGUUAGCCAGCGCGGUUUGGCGUGGCUAAGGACAACGUCUAGAGACAAAAGUGACUGGGUGACAAGACAGUGUUGAGCGUUGACCGCCACGUGCGCAUUCGGUGUCGUAUAUAUGUGUAUGUGUGUUUUGUUUUUUCUUCUCCUUGUUACACCUAUGUUUUUCGACCUAUUUAUUUGUAGCAGACAGCAACAGGGAGAAUGCUCAGCUCACAACUAUUUUGUAAGCGGACGUCCACACGAAUGUCCCGCGAUACACAAAAUACCCCGAGAGACAACAGGUGCUGUGGUUUUGAUUAGUGAACAAUAUUGAACUGGUCCAAUCGGCACUUUUGGCGUGGCUGUGGAUUUUUAUUCCAUUACUCGAUUUUUGUAUUUCCUGCUCUCCCUGUUCCUUUCACGCAAAUGGACGGUGCGCGCGUAAUUAUGAUAAUAAAUGGAUAUAGUUCUUUUUUUGUCCUGUUUUUUUUUUCACCACGUGUAACACACUGCUCUACACGUUACACGUACGACAACCGAUUUUGCAAUACCCGGAUGUGUAAUGGAUGAAUGUAGUGCUAACGAAUUAAUACAACCAGCAAUAUGAUUGUACAUUAAUGUUCCAAUCCUCCAACUUAUAUAAUGUAUCGGUUUUUUUAUUAUUAUUAUGAUGAUUAUUUUAUUUGCUUUGCACAACCACCACACACACAACCACAUACAGCAGCCUCCCACAUGUUAACCGCAAGACAAACCCCGGAAAAAUAUUCCGUUCGAAAAACAGAGAAACCCCUGCCCCGACAGUGAAAGCAUAACAGCAGGACGUAUUCCUAGACAGAAGACAGGAGACAGACUGGUGGUGUGUAAGACUCUACUGUAACAAUGAGGGGUCGUCACUUACUUUACUCUUACUUAUUAACGUUUUUAAGCAGUAAGUUGUUAGUGGAGUAAUAAACCGCAAUGAAAGCCUUAAACUUUACUCUUCUUCACGGUUUUUUUUUUUCUUCUAAAACUAUUUAAUUUGCUUUUCACUUUUUAAGUUCCUUCGGUACGAAUCACACUAACCCCCACAUACUAAUGGUCCUUAACCCAACCCGAAACCCCACCACCACUAACGCUCUCCUUUCAGCCGUCGAUCUGCAAACUCAAUCGUCGAACUCGGGCGAUCAGCAGGAUUCGGAGGGUGGCUGCAUGUGUUAAGCCUUGGUGCGAACGCCACAAAGCAAAGCGAGCAACCUGGAUGAGAGGAAACAAACUGAUACUUCUAACUGUAGAGCGUGGGCAUGUGGGCGGCAUUUAAAAUGGUUGGCUGAAUGGUGAAAAGCAAGAUGGACGAUAGCAAGUGUGUUAGCUGCUAGUAGCCGUAUUCAUUUUACUCGCCCCAAAAGCACUCAAUCGCAACACACGCAUAACGACGCCCGCUGGAAGAUGGUUUUGGAAGACGCCUGUGAGUUGCAAUAUUUAGUUUAAUGUGUUGGUCAGUCCCUUCUUUUCCCUACUUGCUGCGCCCUACACUGCGCGGAAGCAUGUUGUGCAAAGAUGAUGCUUUUUGUGCUUGAAACCAAUCCCAUAGACAGAGAACAGGCAACAGUGCUCUCGCGUGCUGAAAAGCUAUGUCCUGGCUGUAGAACAUUGAGCAUAGAGAAGAGUGAGAAUAGAGCGAAGAGGCAAACAAAACAAAAACCGAGGAUAUUGCAGAAAUAGUAGCUAGUAGAUGAAAAAAAACGGCUUAAAUGGGUACUCGGUGUGUGUGUGUGCAAAAGGAUGGUCUUAGGACAACAGCUCGGGCAGAAAUCUUAAUACUAUGUGAGAGAAAAAAUUACGCAAAGCGAUCGAUUCAAUUAGCUAGUGUAGUAAGCGACAAACGGCGAAACUACACACAAAACGGGCAUGCCAAUAUGAAAAGUGAGACUUGAAAAUUGCGCCACUAAAUGGCCAAGGACACGGUGUAACAAAAAAAACGAAGGGGAGCGAAGUAGAGGAUUUUAGUAUACUUAGUGUGCACUCACCUGUCAGUUCUCCAUUUUUUUUUAGUUGAAGAUCACAUUCCACCCAGGUCCUCUUAUGGAUGAUUGUUAAACUAUAACAAACAAAAAUUGUUGUGCAUGAUUUGAAGCAUAAGUGAAAUGCUUUUCUCGCGUGCGGCUUUUCUUCGCCGUGGCACUGGUAAAGAAAAGUGAAGCAAAAAAAAACAAAUGCAGGGUUUCACAGACCAGCUAUAACAUUGCAACACUAUAUGGCAACAGCAUAAAACGUUUAUUCGACAUCGUAUAUGGAAUUCAAUCUUAUUAAAUCUUAAAAUUUUAUUUUUAUUAAAAUUAAAUCGCUUUACAUGUUUAUUGUUUAUGUUCUUCUUCUUCUUAUUUGGUACCAUAACCUCGAAAAGUCUCAGCCUGCCAUCUGUGGCUUUCCUUGUCUUGAUUUUACCCGUAGCUGGAUAGUCAUUCCUACCUAAGGAAAGGCGGUCUGGAUAGGAUUUGAUCCCCGAUCACCGGUUCCGGAUAUUUUACGGAGUUGAAAGCCUGUUUUCUGAUGUUGAAAAGAGUUAACAAGGUUGAAUUGCAUCUACGAUAUCGAAUUAGCGUGUUAUGCUGUUGACCUAUAGUGUUACAAUGUUGCUACUGUCCUGAGAAACCCGGCAAUGCGCAUGCCAACGCAAUGUUCCACUGCCUAACCGUCAUCCAUCGUAACCAAAAAAUGCAUGCUCUUUCAUCCAUCAUCCAUCAGCCGAAAGCACCCGAUAGGAGCGCGGGCACCGCUAAGGAAUUAGGAAUUAGCAAUUGUGAAGCAUCGGGGGAGAAAAUGGGGAGGGACAAAUCUAAUCAUAAACACACACACAAACCUAACCUAAUCAAUGAUGAUGAUGUGUGUGUGUGUGCAACAGCGUGUUGUUUGUAUGCUGCUUACAGUGAGCUUUCGGUGGCAAGGAAUCCAGCUAUACCCCCUCGGCAGAUGAGCGAAUUGAUGAUGAUGAUGAUGUUAGUAGAAAACUGCGGCAUAAAUAUUAGAUAACGUAACUAAGAAGCAAACAAAAACCUAACAGCAAGUAAAGUGGACACGAAAAACGCGCAACAAUCACAUAUUAUUGCACUCAAAGGAUACAUCUACACACGGAAAUUCCCACACGAACACACACACGCAUCACACCGGAAAAGGAACUGAACGCUCGGAGACGUCAGGAUCAGCAAUACUAUCCUCGCACAUUAAUGCUGUAGAACACAAACAAUCAUGAGAGAGCUACCCAUGGCAGCGUGUCCGUAGUGAGAAGCAAUGAAACGACGGCAAGUAUCUUCAGCUUCAAACAUUCAAUUGAAGACCUAACCUCCUACUAUUACCUUAACAGCCGAACGGCAGCUGGUAACGUGUGAGGCGCCAUAACGUUUGCAUUAAAAAAUACUCCAACUUUGCACGACGAUGCAGUUAAACAGAUGAUUUGUGGAUGCAUCGAAGAAGAAUUCUACAGAAAAUUCUUUCUGAGCCUUGAUCACGUUCAGUUCCUACUGCGUUUUGGGUCAGAUAGAUUGAUUGGAUAAGAUCAGUGUUUAGAAGUGAGCUGAAGAGUUUCCGGGACGCAUCUGAGCGUCCUCUUCUAUAGCCCUCAAUAAUUUGAGGGCUCUGAGGGUGCUCUUCUAUAACUCAACACAUAUUUCACUACCAGAACCAAAGCCUUGUUUCACCGGGCAAAAUCCAAGUUGCCUGUUCCUAGGGGCCUUGUUCAAAGGACUUGCUCCAAGGGGUCUAGUUCAAGGGGCCUGUUGCAAGGAGCCUGCUCCAAAGGGACCUCGUUUUCAAAAAGUAGCACGAAGUAGCUCUUUGACCUCACGAGAUAGAUCUUUGACUUCACGAGGUAGCUCCUGGCACUCUUCAAGCUCUUCGCCUUUCGCUCAGUGAGCGUGGAGCUACCAGGAGGCCUCAAGUCCCACAUAUUAGCGAACAAUUGCCCUCUUCUCUUUAAAAAGAGCUACUUGCUGAGUUUUGCCCAGAAAUUCUAUUGACCAUUGUCGAGAUCAGUUAGGAGUCUCUUCGAUCGACAAUGUAUCCACCGUUAGAACCACCAGCUCAAAAGGAUGUUUUCCGAACGAUAAAACCACCAGACAAUUGAACCUUGAUUAACUCGGGUCCUGUAAAGUUCUUGCAAAAUUAGUCUAUUUCUUUAAUGCAUACGUUAUAACAAGCGCACAUGGUUUGGCAUGCCCCACACACGGAAAUUGCGCUCAGCUCGCAUGGAAAAGAAUAAAAGUUUUUUGUUUAAUGCCCCAUGAUGUAAGGAACAAACAAAGAAAGGGGAAAACCCUAACAGAAAGGAGUAAAGUGCUAGUUAGUAAUAGAACGAGCAUGUGAGGCAAAAUGCUAGCAAUAGUGCGUUCUGUUCAUUGUUUCAUCUACUACACCUUAAUGAAUUUGUACAUUUGGCUCGGUUUAGGAACGAUACGGCGAUGAACCAACAAUAUUGAUACUAUACCUUUCUACACGAUUUCAGCAACUAUUUUAACAAGAAAGCAAACCUAUGGAAGACUUUAAGCUAGAGGGAUUAUACCAGCGAUCGCGUUUCAGGGGUGAUCAUCCGGUGAUCACAGAGAAUACACACGCGGCAGCGCAUAAGCAGCAGGAGCAGCAAACAUGGUUCCGGAUAGCUACAUUUUCCCCCCUCAGCCACAGUCUUACCGACAAAGAAUAGUUGAAUUAGGCUUUCCUUUCUCUAUCGCUCUAUCUCUGGAUGCCAGGGAGGAUUAAAUUAAAAAAAAAACAAACACACACACUCACACACUCUAGGGAAAGGCAGGCACUCGCGGAUAUGGACUCGCAUACCGAACAACCGUUUAAAACAUGCAGGUGAACAACAAACUAGCAUAGCACACAUUACAUAUUUAUCACGCAUUUUCUCAUAAACAAAAAUUAAACCAAACAAAACCAAUCGAAACGAUCGCAAAAAAGGGUCAAAUUAUUAGCGGAGAGUGCAGGCAGAUUUUAGCUGGUGCUGGUAUGGGCGUUUGGCCGGGGUGCUAAUAAAGCUCUGCUGCUACGGAAAAAAACUAUGGAUGAGUUGUAGGAAAAAGGGGAAAAACAUGGGAAAACAUAACAAUCAAAUGACACAGCUCCCGCAAAAAAAAGGAACCAGUUCACAACCCAAACCGAUAACUACACAACACAACAGACACACUCCCACUCCAGUGGGAUAACACAUCCAUAUUAGUCGCUUUUCAUAGUUAAAAAUAAAGAAAUAAGAAAA